UGUUCUUCUUGUUGCUUCACGCCAUUUCGGUAUAAAAAUCUGUUUGGGAGCGGCUGACGUUUAUGCAGUUUAUCGUUCUGUAUAAACAUAUUUUCAUAUAAUACAGUGUAAUACUUAAAUUGGAAGAUCAAAGAUGGGAGAAGAUUUUAAUGGAGAUCGAGAGAGACAAGAUAGAGAGAAGGACCGUGAUAGGGACAGAGAUCGUGACAGGAGACACAGAUCACGUAGUAGGGAUCGUAGGAAGAGAUCAAGGUCUCGUUCCAAGGAUCGCAGAGAUCGUAAAAGAAGCAGUUCUCCUAAAAAAAGUCGCAGUUCUAGGAGAAGGAAACCAUCUUUAUAUUGGGAUGUACCACCACCCGGAUUUGAACAUAUUACACCUUUGCAGUAUAAAGCAAUGCAAGCUGCUGGCCAAAUACCUGCAAAUAUCGUAGCAGAUACACCUCAAGCUGCUGUUCCUGUUGUCGGUAGUACGAUCACUCGUCAAGCAAGAAGACUAUAUGUUGGUAAUAUUCCAUUUGGAGUCACAGAAGAAGAAAUGAUGGAAUUCUUCAAUCAACAGAUGCAUCUAUCAGGCCUUGCACAAGCUGCAGGAAAUCCAGUCCUUGCUUGUCAGAUCAAUCUAGAUAAAAACUUUGCUUUCUUGGAGUUUCGUUCAAUAGAUGAAACUACACAAGCCAUGGCCUUUGAUGGAAUCAAUUUUAAAGGACAAAGUUUAAAAAUAAGAAGACCUCAUGAUUACCAACCAAUGCCUGGAAUGACAGAUAAUCCGAGCAUGAACGUGCCAGGUACGGUUCCUGAUUCUCCGCACAAGAUUUUCAUUGGUGGUCUACCGAAUUAUUUGAACGAAGAACAGGUAAAGGAGCUUCUGAUGAGUUUUGGCCAACUGAGAGCUUUCAAUUUAGUAAAGGAUUCAGCGACAGGACUAUCAAAAGGUUAUGCUUUUUGCGAAUAUGUUGAUGUGUCCAUGACGGAUCAAGCAAUUGCUGGAUUAAAUGGUAUGCAGCUAGGAGACAAGAAAUUGAUUGUUCAACGAGCUAGUGUCGGUGCAAAGAAUCCUAUGAUAGGAGCACAAGCUCCUGUACAAAUUCAGGUACCUGGUUUAUCCAUGGUAGGCACAAGUGGACCUGCUACAGAGGUACUUUGCUUACUGAAUAUGGUUACACCAGAAGAAUUAAUGGAAGAAGAGGAAUAUGAAGAUAUUUUAGAAGAUAUCAAAGAAGAAUGCAACAAAUACGGUGUAGUUCGAUCCGUAGAAAUACCAAGACCUAUCGAAGGUGUUGAUGUUCCAGGAUGUGGAAAAGUAUUCGUUGAAUUUAACAGCGUUAUCGAUUGUCAAAAAGCACAACAGACUUUGACAGGACGUAAAUUCAACAAUCGUGUAGUAGUUACAUCAUAUUUUGAUCCCGAUAAAUAUCAUCGUAGAGAAUUUUAGAAUGUAGAUUCUUAUUUCUUACCAAUUAAUGAUUGGCUGUAUUGUAUGAUACAUACAAAUGAAUAAUCUGAUAUGUCUUAAAAGUAAAUAAUAUUUCGCGAGAAUAAUAUUCUCUGUAAUUCCUUUUAAUUAGAAUAUAGAAAUCAUUCAACUAUUUUUGACUGCACAGUGCAUUACAGUAAUAAUUUACUAUAAUUUACGUUCAUUUCAUGAAAUGAGAUAUUGUAAUUCUUUAAAAAUGCAGUAUAAUUAAUAAUGCGUGGAAUAUUUUAUAGUUUAAAUAAUAUAAUCAAUUGAUAAUCUGGAAAUAAGAAGUAAAUAAUGAUGAUAUUAAAAAACAUUGCUAGCUGCAAUAUAAGAAGUUUAAGUAAUUAUGAUGGACAAAAGAAAUAAAAUAUUGUCACUGUGUUUAUACAGAUAUGAUUUAACAAUUAUAUAUUAGUACCCUCUUGAUACAUAAGUUGAAAAAUACAUGAACAUUAUUUUAAUGAUUUUUAUACACAAAAAUGAUAUAUAAUUAUAAUUAUCUAUUAAAAAUUAAGCUUCGUUUUGUACAGCUGGUUGGUAUGAAUGGCUUUUUGUUGUGUCAGCUGGAUCAAUUACAAACUUUUGUAGUAAAAGGUAAAGACCACCGCCUAUGAACAACAUACUGAUUCCACAUAGUAGCACUAUUGCCCAUGCAGGUAUAGCUGUACCUCCUAAGAUAGUUGAAACAUUUAUGUUAUUUUCAUGUAAACGUAACAAUUUCAUCAAUAUUUUACAAUUUUUACUCACUGUAAUAUUGCCUUGUUAUUGUCUUACGACCGCGUAAUAUUUUACGUCUUGCUUCUGUUUCAUCGAUGAAGAUUCCCAUAAUAACUAUGUUACCGUCAAAUAUAACGUAAGUAUUUUAUAAUAUUUUCACAUACUUACAGUAAAAUGUUUUAAAUAUUUGUUUACAUUUACUUACGCAAACUAACUGCGAGAUAGAAUAGUAACUUUUUUGAAUACAUGUUGAUUGAUACAAUGUUCCAACUUCACUUAAAGGAAUAAUAAAAUUUAACGUCUUUUCAGCAGACAAGAAGAAUUGGGUGUAGCGUUGAUCGUCGGAUGAUGAAUCAACGACGAUAGAUAACAAGUGAUAACAGAUAAUAUAGAAUGUAGCUUAUCUGUUUUAAUACUAUGAGAUAAAGUACCUGAGAAAAUUCAUGUAGGCAAUGCAGUAAAAGAUAGUAAACUUUCUAAAAUAGUCUGGUAAAGAAGUUUUUACAUUUGUUGUCAUAAAUUUGGUAUAUUUACAAAGUUUAUGUAAAUUUAAUAUAUUUAAAACAAAUUAGAUAUAUUACUUGUAUAACAAUGAUUUUUUAUUAAAUCUCUUAAGAAGA